UGUAACAUUCAUGAGCAUAACAUAAUUUUGAGCCCGUACCAGUUAAGGACUCGAUUGAUGAGUUUGUUUCCGUAUGCAUACAUGGAACAGAGAAUCGUCUGUAGUAAAAACAAGACUUUGAUGAAUCGCUUUCAACAAAUGAAAAUCUCGAAACCGACUCAAAUAUCUAAUCUUAACGAUUCUCCACUACCUUUUCUCCUUAUCCUAUUUCUUUGCUCAGCAAUGUCAACUCAAUCCUUCAAAGCCUCAAAACCUUAUAUAAGCAUGUCACAUUUGGCCAAAUUCAACCACACCUCACAUUCAAGUAAUACACAUCAUUCCUCACUUUGCUUAUAGCAAACACUUAAUUCCAUUCAGAAACUAGCUCUUCCCCAAGUUAAUUUUGCUUCCAACAAAUCUGCAUUCAACCAAUUUACUCAACAACACAUUCACACGCAGUUUCUCUUCGAUCUCAGCAAAGCAUAAUGGAGAGGGUGACAAAGAUCGUGUCGGAGAGGCCGGUGGUGAUCUUCAGCAAGAGCUCGUGCUGCAUGAGCCACAGCAUCAAGACCUUGUUCUGUGACUUUGGGGUGAACCCUGCAGUUUAUGAACUUGAUGAGAUACCAAGAGGCAGAGACAUUGAGCAAGCUCUGGUUUCAAGGCUAGGUUGUAGUCCCUCUGUUCCCACAGUGUUCAUUGGCGGUGAGCUUGUCGGUGGAGCCAAUGAAGUGAUGAGCCUUCACCUUAACAGGUCCUUGAUUCCAAUGCUCAAGAAAGCAGGAGCUCUCUGGCUUUGAAUUUCAUCUUAGAAUAAGUAUGUUCGGAUUGGCUUCUGUUUUCUCAAAACCAAUUUUGAAACCCAGAAGCUAUAGAGAGAAGCUUCAAAAUCAAUUAUAGAGAACUAACUCUUGACCUUCUCAUCAUACAUCAGCCACUAAUUAAUAAAACUGUUUUGGUAAUUAUAUAUGUAA